AGGUUGGAUGACGGCAUCUGCAUGGCCCAGUCUGUUUGAUGAUAUAUAUAUGAUAUUGCGCCUACCACCAUGCCCAACUUAAAUACUUCUCUGCUGCAUAUUGUCUCAUCGUAAUGGAUAUCAUCCAAGAACAAAUUACUCUUGAUGUUAGGUUGUUGUCCUACUACUCCAUCUGCGCCAUUCUGGUGCCAAUCACUAUUCUGAUAUGCGACCAUAUGGCGACCCUCACAGAAGAAAUUGUUUUUAUUUGGUGUCGUCCAAAGUCGUUGUCUUCAGCGUUGUUUCUGCUCAAUCGUUAUGUCGCUCUACUGGCAAAUAUCUAUAUCUUGAUUGGGAAUUUCCUGCAUGCUUCAGCUGAGAGCUGUCCGACAUUCGUGCUAUCACAACAAGCGCUCGUUUUUUUGCAAGCAUUUAUCAUUUGCCUUAUAUUGACUCUUCGCAUUUAUGCUCUUUACGGUCGCAGCAAACUCUUGCUUGCUUUGUUAGUAAUUAUCAUCUUUGUCUUUGUGGGAGGAGCUUUUGUGUCUACAGUGAUGUUUGGUCGUUAUCCAGGCACUGUUGUGACUAUCUUGCCGGGAGGAGCCUGUUAUACAACAUUUACAACAGAGAAAACCAUUGUCGCAGGCCUCGGAAUGACAUGGGUGGUCCUAUUUUUAUAUGAAUUGCUCAUCUUUGUCCUCACAGUGACUAGGAUUUUCAAAAUCAGGAGAUUACUGCGGUUAUCUCUGACGAGGUCCAGAAGAAAUAUUAUUUCUGUCAUGUUUCAGGAUGGUGUGAUGUACUUCGGGGUGAUGACACUGUUUAAUAUACCGAACAUCCUGACAUACUACUGCGGUUCAGGUACCAUCAUGGGCUGGCUGAGCACAUUUACUAGCUGCAUUUCUGUUACUCUAAUCUCGCGGCUGAUGCUUAACCUGCACAAAUCGAUUGAUGCUGGCAUUCUCUCCGCCCCCACCCAGGAUGAUGACAAUUGCCUCCCUGUCCUUACCACUAGACUUGACAUACAGUCCACGAAUUCUUCUCACUAUUGGUAGGAAGUUGGCUGGAUGCCAAAAUGCGGUACCUAUAUAGAAGGCGUUAUGCAGGCGCUGGCUUUACCCGUCCUCGCAUCUCGAAUGAUCGCAUACUAAAUGUACCUUAUAAUCAAACAGAAUCUAACAGUAAAUACUUGUAUGUUUGGUCUACCAUAUUAGGGCACUGCCCCGGAUGAUAAACAUGGAUCGAAAAAAAGAAGAAAAAAAAUAGGCAGAUACAUGUCACGAUUUCCUCUCUCAUGCGCCUUUGGUUCCAAAACAUAAGAGUCGCACUAUUGCGAUAACGAU